AUGACAGUCUUAGAUAAAAACUCAGGUAUUAUUUUGACGGAAGAGGCCAGAAAGCCUCAGGAUUACGAGCUAGAACAUCCCAAGGCUGAACAUUGCCCUGGCCCAGAGUCCGAAAAUGCAGGAAAAGGAGACGCCUGUGAUGGUUGUGCAAAUCAAACCGUUUGUGAGAGCUUGCCAAAGGGCCCUGAUCCAGAUAUACCGGCAAUCGUAGAGAAUUUAUCGAACAUACGACACAAGGUACUGGUGCUCUCUGGGAAAGGUGGAGUUGGGAAAUCGACAUUUACAGCUAUGCUAAGUUGGGCUUUGUCUGCCGAUGAAGAUAUACAAGUCGGUGCGAUGGAUUUGGAUGUAUGUGGACCCUCUUUGCCUCAAAUGUUGGGAUGUGUGAAGGACAUAGUGCAUGAAUCGAAUUCUGGAUGGACUCCUGUGUAUGUGGCCGAUAAUUUGGCUACAAUGUCUAUUCAGUUUAUGUUACCGGAAGAUGAUUCUGCUGUGAUAUGGAGAGGUUCUAAGAAGACUUCUUUAAUCAAGAAUUUUUUGAAAGAUGUGGACUGGGAUUAUUUGGACUAUUUGAUUGUGGAUACCCCUCCUGGGACUUCUGAUGAACAUAUUUCAAUUAACAAGUAUAUGAAGGACUCGGGUAUCGAUGGUGCUCUUAUUGUGACAACACCUCAGGAAGUUGCUUUGUUAGACGUUAGGAAGGAGAUAGAUUUCUGCCGAAAGGCCGGCAUUAAAGUCCUAGGGCUUGUAGAGAAUAUGAGCGGGUUUGUCUGCCCCAAUUGCCAGGGAGAGUCACAGAUUUUUAAGCCAACAACAGGUGGCGGUGCAGCAUUAUGUGAAGAGUUGAAUAUCAAAUUCCUGGGUUCGGUACCGCUUGAUCCACGUAUCGGUAAGUGCUGUGAUGAAGGUGAAAGUUUCCUGGACAGUUUCCCCGACAGCCCUGCGUCGAAGGCAGUCUUAGAAGUUGUUGAAGCUCUCCGAGAUGCUGUCGGUGACUUUUAA